AUGGCGACCGGUUUAGCCCUGAAUCGCUGCUCGGUUUCGGUAUGUAGAACGGCCGAUAAUUUGCUUAACCGGCCAACAGUCUCCGUCGUCAAGAGUUUGAAAUUCAGUCGCCGGCUAAUCGGAAACUGUUCGAUUACGGCGGAUCCUUUCGUUGCGAUGGAAGACGAGAAGUACGGUAACAAACAGGUGAUCAGUCUCACUCCUCGUCUUUACGACUAUGUCCUCUCCAACGUUCGCGAGCCUAAGAUUCUAAGGCAACUCCGGGAAGAGACUUCCAAAAUGCGAGGUAGUCAAAUGCAGGUAUCUCCUGAGCAGGCACAAUUACUAGCAAUGCUUGUACAGAUUCUUGGAGCAGAAAAAUGUAUUGAAGUUGGAGUUUACACGGGAUAUUCAUCAUUGGCUGUAGCGUUGGCUCUACCAGAAUCAGGGUGUCUUGUUGCCUGUGAUAGGGAUUCUAACUCUCUUGAAGUAGCUAAGAGGUACUAUGAGCUUGCCGGAGUCUCUCACAAGGUUAUUGUGAAACAUGGUCUUGCAGCAGAAUCAUUGAAAUCAUUGAUCGAGAACGGUGAAGGAUCCAGUUAUGAUUUUGCAUUUGUAGAUGCCGAUAAGAGGAUGUAUCAGGAUUACUUCGAAUUGCUUCUUAAACUUGUCAGAGUUGGUGGAGUCAUUGUGAUGGAUAAUGUUCUUUGGCAUGGGCGAGUUGCUGAUCCUAUGGUGAAUGAUGCGAAAACCAUCAGCAUUAGGAAUUUCAACAAAAAAUUAAUGGAUGAUGAACGCAUAAGCAUUAGUAUGGUACCAAUCGGCGAUGGCAUGACAAUAUGCCGCAAGAGAUAA